AUGAAAAAUAAGCCUGAACAAGUUGAAGCAGUUUUCAUUCUAGAGAAUGAUAAGAACAAAGUUGAUAAUCGAGAACGAUUUGCUACUGGCGAAGAUAUCAUUUGUCAAUUGGCUGAUGAAAUAUAUCGUUGCUAUGAAAAAGAAGCACGGGAAUGUUCAAAAGUUGUUCAUCCAUCAAUAGCGGCAAAGAAAGCAGAACAAACCAAUCGAAUCCAUAUAGAACUGAAGAAGAUACAUCGAAGGCUUUUUCCUCGUAAUAUUACCACUGAUAUAUCGAUUUGUACAAGAACAAAAGUCGUCUGGCUCAAAUCAAAAUCACAAGAUAACAUUGAAGUGGAAAAAGUAAAAAACCUACUUUCCAAAGUCGCUUCAUCUUUUUUGGUGUUUGACAGUCUGCUUGACUGCCAAAAGGAUUUACUCGAAGAUGAAUUGGUUAGUAACAUAUUCCUUAUUAUUGAUGCUGAUUACGAUGACUCAGUUAUUAUUGAAUUGCAACAACUUCCUAAUGUUAAAGUCGUCAGUCGUUAUGGGCAAUCAUCAUUGGAAAAUAAAACAGCUAUCGAAAAUUAUGAUGAUCUUUAUUAUCAAUUAACACACGAUGUUAUUGCUCAUUACAACAGAUUGGGUACUUAUUUUAGUAAGAAACAAGAUGCAAAAACAGCUAAAGACAUGUUUAUGAAAGCACAUACACUUUGUAAUAUUGAUUCGGAACUUUAA